AUGGAGGACUACACCUCAAAUAACAAGAAGCGGGUCCGAGAUAACUCAGACGACUCGGCCGAGGUGAAGCGGCUCAGGGAAGACCUUCUGGGUUUUCUCGACGACUCGGACGCCGAUCCCACGGCUCAGGACCUCGACUCCGUCAUGAAGAGCUUCGAGGAAGAGAUAGCUGCCGCAACAAAUUCUUGUCGGUCGUCGCCGCGUCCGGCAUCGGAUACGGAGCAAGCAUCGGAGACCGAUCCAGCUUCCGUGCCGGUGGUUGACCUGACGUCAGAGUCCGGCGAGUCAAAUCCCGACCUUGGAUACCUGCUAGAAGCUUCGGACGACGAGCUGGGCCUGCCUCCGUCGGAGAACUUCAGCGACGAGGCGGCGAAAGGCGGAGAAAACGAGUUGGUACGAGUUUCGUCCGACUUGUCCGGUGCCGACGAUCUAUGGCGGUUCGACGAUCCCGUUCCGAGUUACGACUCGUUGUUUUUAGGAAGUCAAGAUAAAAUUAACUUUCACGAUAGCGGAUCUGAAUACGAUGCGUUUGACGGGCUUUUCGGAAACAACGACGUGUAUUUUGACUCGGCUGAUUACGGCGAGUUUUCGUGGCGUUUCGAAACACUGCCGGCGCAGUAG